AGAGUAUCUGAAGAGAGUGUUGCUUAUUUUCGUCUCUCUGUGAAUUUUUGGCAAAAUGCUCCACGGAAUCAUUUGCGUCUUCGUCGGAUUGGGCAUCAUUUUCUACAUUUACAUGACCUGGCACUUUGAUUACUGGAAGAAGAGACACAUUCCAUCGCCAGCACCGCGCUUUUUGCUGGGAAACUUGCCCGGAGCGGUGAUACAGAAGAGGCACAUGUCGUACGACAUUGACGAUAUUUACAAAGAAUACAAGAGUCAACAUGGAUUUGUGGGCAUUAUCAACAUGCGACAGCCACAUAUUCUGGUAAUUGAUCCUCUCCUGGUGAAGCAAGUCCUUAUUAGUGAAUUCCACUCAUUUGCGGACAAUUCAUUCGCCCACUUCACUGAUAAGAAGACCGAUCCGAUCUUUGGAAGGAAUCCUUUCAUAUUGAAAGGAAAAGAGUGGGAGGAAAAGCGAGCGGAAAUCACACCGGCGUUCACAACUUCAAGAAUUCAAACCAUGAAUCCUGUCAUAGAACACGUGUGCAAGAGGAUGACCAAGUAUCUGCAAUACAAAAUCCAACAGAGACCAGAUGGAUUCGAAGCUAAGGAAUUGGCAGCAAAGUACACCACUGAUGUGAUGUCAAGUUGUGUCUUUGGACUUGAUGGCGGUUCUUUCACUGGUGGCAAAGCCAUCAUCCGAGAAAUGGGAAAGAUCCUUUUCACGCCCAAUUGGAGGAUCUUUGCAUACUUUGUGGUGGCUCAGGUUUUCCCUUAUCUGCCAAAAGUCUACAAGCUUGCCUUCGUGCCGAAAGUCGUUGAGCAGUUUUUUGUGGAAAUCAUGAAAGACGCCGUUGCCUUUCGUCGUCAAACCAACGUCGAUCGCUUCGACUAUCUUCACUACCUUCUCGAGUUGCAGGAGAAGAAGAACCUUAAUGAUUUGGACAUGGUUGCUCAUGCAAUAACAUUCUUUAUUGAUGGCUUUGAGACAUCCAGUGUCGCUAUUUCGUAUACACUUUACCAACUUGGGCGCAACAAGCGAGUUCAAGAUAAACUGAGGAAAGAGAUAAGAGACACACUGGCAAAACACUCUGAGUUAUCUUAUGACGUUGUCGCCGAAAUGCCUUAUCUCAAUCAGAUAUUCAUCGAGGCACUAAGACUGCAUCCACCGUUCAGUGUUUUCUGCAAGACUUGCACAGAAACCAGCGAGUUCAGACUGAGUCCUGGGGAGUUCAGAAGAGUGGACAAAGGCAUGCAAAUACUGAUUCCGACCUACAGUUUGCAUCGAGAUCCAGAAUACUACGAUCAGCCUGAUAAGUUCAUGCCGGAGCGCUUCAAUCCGGAACACGGCGGCGUCAAGGCGUAUCGAGAUAAGGGUGUUUUCUUCCCCUUCGGCGAUGGACCCAGAAUUUGCUUAGGGGAAAAAUUCGCCAUGGCACAAGUCAAGGCAGCGAUAGUUGCGAUAGUGAAGAGCUUUGAAAUAAGUGUUAAUGCUAAGACCAAAACACCACUGGCUUUGGAUGCGAAGCAAUACAUUUCCUAUCCAAUUGGAGGACUUUGGCUGGAUUUCAAAACAUUAUAAUAAAUAAGGAAUAAAUAGGGAUAUUAAGACACACUUGUUUCU